CGACACAGUGGAUAUGAGGACGCGGAGAAGCCAGCGGAAGCAUGCAGUGGUGCGGGGCCAGCGUCUGACCUUGGUGGACACCCCCGGCUGGGAGUGGUUCUCCUCGCGCGGAGCUCCAUCCUCCAGCAUCGCGGCCCGGAAGGAGAUGGUGGCUGGCGGCGCCGAGUUGUGCCAACCAGGUGCCCAUGGCCUCCUGCUCGUGGUGCCACUGGCAUACUCGUUUGGCGGACGCGAGAGGCACGUGGUCGAGGAACACGUGGAGAUGUUCGGCCAGCGGGCCUGGGGCCACACGCUGGUGCUGUUCACCGUCUUCGAUAGUCGACGGCUCCGCGACUCCACCCUGGAGGAGGAGGUGGAGGAAAACGAGGACCUCCAGGCCCUGGUGGACAAGUGCGGCGGCCGUUACCACGCCCUGCACGGCCGGCCCAGGAGAGGGGAGGACCAGGUGGCCGAGCUGCUGCAGAAGAUCCAGGCCAUGGUGGAGGGGAAUGGAGGGACGCUGCUCCCCAGUGAGGAGAUUCUGCUGGAGGCCAGCAAGAGGGAAGAGGAGAAGGAACGGAGGGAAGAGGAGGACAUGAGGGAGAGAGAGAGGGAGCUGAGGAGAAUGAGGGAGGCACUGAAGCUACUGGAAGAAGAGGAAGAUGCAGACGAUGAAGAUGAAGGAUGGGAGGAGGUGCAAGUGGAUGAUGAUAAUGAAUUUCCAAUGGAAAGGAGUUGGAGAGCAUCAGAGAGACAGAUGUCAGAGGAGGGAGAUGACGACAGACAUAAGAAGUCAGCAAUCAACUUUAACCUCAAUAUGUCUGGACUCCGCUCUAGUAUGCGACAAAGCUGCAAAACACAGUGAUAUAGACACUGCACUGACAGAGACAGAUGACGAUGAGGAGAGAACAAAAGCAUGCCUUGUAAAAGGAUGAAGAACAAGUAAACAUACCCUGCUUUUCCAAUGCCAACUGUAACUGAUUUUAAAAUCUUCAUAUCCAGUUUCAAGUAACAGUGUAAUUAUUGAAAUGAACGGUGCGGAGCUUUUGUUUAUGAACAACUUUUCACUUAUGAGACCGUUUUUGAUGUUGAUCAGAGCACUGGGUGUGUGCUUUGGGGAAAAAUGGUUUGCAGUGCACACAUGUGGCACCGCGGCAUGCAUGCCUUCUGCAACAGCUCAUGGACUGGGAGUUUACCCAUCUCUUCUGCUUUCUGUAAUAGCUGUUGAUUUCUUUUCAUCUGGUCCUACAAUUGACAAUU